AUGAUGCGGAUCGCACCACCAACUACCCACUCUGAUACCUUUACCCAUCUCCCUCCCUCGUCGAGGGGCGCGCCGUCGGCACCCGGCGUGCAUGACCUAAUACGUGCCGGCGUCGGUCCGACCCAAAGUCAGCAUGGCCUCUCGAGCGCUCCUGAUAGCGCGCAUCCGCUCGAGACGCGUCUCAAGAAAUGGGAGGAGACUCAGGAAGCCUUGAAGAUGGAAGGCUUGCGGCGCACCUUUGGCAUGGCCGAGCCUAUUCGCCGCGGCAUGGAGUUGAAGAUGACGCGAGACGGCCACUGGAAGCCAGCAUGCCUCGGGGGGGGGACGGAACGAAGCAUCCAUGAAGAUAUUCUAAUGGGCAAUGAUACAAGCUGCCAGUGGGAAGAUAUAUACAAAGGCGACGAGACCCGCAGGGUUCCAGGCUUUCACGAAGAGCUCGAGCAACGAGUGCGCAUGGCAUAA